CCUUGCAGUAAGUCUGGACUGGCCCUCCAAGGAUCCUGUCACCCACUAAACCCAAUUCCUUUCUCAAAGGACUCGGGAGGUCUUGGGUCUCAGCCCCCACUCUCCACACAUUGGACACAACACUUCUUUCAUCAAAUCAAGGAGUCCUUCUAACCACCACCACCCCAUCUUUCCGAGAGUCUUCUAAGUAUUGCUUCAUCCCUGAGAACCCAGGAGUCCUGACCCACUGUGAUCCUGAACAUAACCAAAGAACCCCAAGGGGCAUGUCCAGCUUUGCUACCCUGCUGCUCUUGGUGAUGGUUCUUUCUCCCCUCUGUUCGGAAGGCACCAAGCAAAUAGCAGCUACAGACCCCCUAUGCCCAUUUCGGAAAAAGAACGCGGCAGAGUUGAGAGGGCAGAGGUGUCAGAAGAGUUGUGAACACAGCCAAUGCAAACUCCGGGAGUGUAGGUGUGAUGGGCUAUGUGGACUGAGCUGUGUUGUGUCAGGCUUACACUGUCCAUGGCCAGUGACCAUUAACAAUGCUGAGACGCGUCUCGCCCAGGAAUCCAGUACUUUUGGGAAUUUCAUGGAGGUGACGUGCAAGCCUGGUUUUAGAAUGGAGGACGGACAGAAUGUGACAAUGAGUCGCUGUCAAGGAGACAAGAAGUGGAGCUUUACUGCCUCCUGUGAAGAUGUUGCUACUCCUCCAGCCUUUUGUGAACCUCCACCAGACAUUGAAAAUGGGUUCCAUGGAGAUGGCCCCUUUAAGACAGGGAGGGAAGUACAUUACCGGUGUGCCUAUGGAUAUCGUCUGGAAGGGGCCAGUGCCCUCUUAUGCCAGGAAAACCAGGAAUGGUCACACAGGGCCCCAAUCUGCAAAUCUGUUAAGUGUUCACGCCCUGGCACCAUUGCCAAUGGAAGUGUGGUUGCUGUGGACCAAGAUGAGUACCCAGCGGGCACUGUGAUCUACUACUUGUGCAAGAGGGAGUUUUACUUGGAUGGCCCCAUUAGAGGCAUCUGCUUGGAGAAUGGGAACUGGUCUCAGCCCCCCUACUGCAGAGCGCGUUGUCCCAUCCUUGCCCGGAGGAGUCGAGUGGUGUACCAAGGCUACAAGCUCUGGAUUGAUGAUAUCCCUGGACGUGAGGUCCAUCAUGGAGAAUCGGUCAUGUUUUUCUGCCGCAGCCAGAACAAAACUUGUAGCUUUCAAGCCGAAAGCCGAUGUUUUGAUGGUGUAUUGAAGCUGCCUUCCUGCUAUGAAGAGCCCACCUACCUGCAAUACCACCUGUUCCCCAAAAGAGUUGUAUCUGAAAUACCUGCGUGUUGAAUGCUCUGCUACCCUCCUUCUUCCUGCUGGACAGGAGUCUUGAAGGUGUAGGAAAGACAGCGUGAUUAUUUAAGUGACACGUGGGAAAGCUUAAGGGGGUCACUGGUUUACAUUUCACACUGUUGGCACCGUUACAGGAAACCAGACUGGGAUUUGACACUUGUCACAAUUUGGAAUAAUCUAUGUCUAGGAAAAGGAAGGGAGGAGAGAGGAAAGGCGAUACUUCGGUUCAGUUUGUUCCACCUAGAAGCAAAUCCUAGUGUCAGGUUUUCUCCCACCUUAUUACAUUAAACACAAUCUGAUAUAUUCAUUGUGUUGGAGGAAGUGGAGGAGAGGGAUCAGAGAUGGGGGAGGGUUUACAUUCAUCCUAGACUUUGUUAUCAUUCAUUAUUUAGGUUCAGGCUGGGGGGGUGGGGGAGACAUACAUUAAAAUGUAAUUCAGUCUAUGGCAUAUGGCAAGAUAACCUGGUGCCAGUUUUUUCUCCCAGUUCCCCAAUGAAGCUAAAUAUAAAGUGAUGCAUUCUGGAGAAAUUCAUGUUAAAUAUAUUUUAAUUAAUUAAUGAGCUAAUUAUAUCAGAACACAUUUAAAAAGCAUUUGAUAUAAGCAAAUAAUAACAAUCCUCAUUUAAAAUAGAAAUGUGGUCAAGAGUUUUGGCAAUAUAGAAAAAGCCCUGGUAGGCAAUGGGUAGAGAGCUAUUUCCAAGGAAAGGGAAGAGAUGCAUGCAAGAAUACAACUAUCCUGUCUAUUAAGCUCAAAUUCAGGGUUUUUCUCUUCUUUACACUCUUCUUUCUACUUUGGUGCACAAUCUGUGUUUUGGAAAGGGAGGCAUGUUUAGACAGGAGUCACAGCUGACAGUGUGGGAUAAUAUUUAGAGUGUCGAACUAGGAUCUGAGUGACCCAGGUUCGAAUCCCCACUCUGCCAUGGAAGUUUGCUGGGUGACCUUGGGCCAGUCACAGAAUCUCACCUAAUAUACCUUACGGGGAUGUUUUAAGGAUAAAAUGGAGGAGAGGAGAAUGAAAUAAGCCACUUUGGGUUGCCAUUGGACAGAAAGGUGGAGUAUAAAUGAAUUAAAUAAGUAAAUAAAGUCAAACAACAUACACCAGUCAGGGCCAAUGGACACAAAUGUGCAAAAGCCUACCCCAUUCCCGUGGCUACAUACAAUCCAGAUCCAGUUCCUUCCCAGCACUGAUACACUUGUCCACGGCUUUUUUUCUGGGAAAAGAGGUGGUGGAACUCAGUGGGUUGCCCUUGGAGAAAAUGGUCACAUGGCUGGUGGCCCCACCCUCUGAUCUCCAGACUGAGGAGAGUUUAGAUUGCCCUCUGCACUGCUGCAGCACAGAGGGCAAUCUAAACUCCCCUCUGUCUGGAGAUCAGGGGUGGGGCCACCAGCCAUGUGACCAUUUUCAAGAGGUUCCGGAACUCCAUUCCACUGCGUUCCAGCUGAAAAGAAGCCCUGCGCUUGUCCCUUUCUGAUCUGGAAAGAAUUCGCAUAAGGCCCAAUCAAGCUGGCAUAUGAAUCCAGAUACAAUCUAGCUCCAGGUUGGGAAAUUCCUGGAGAUUUGCGGGGGUGGAGCUUGGGGAAACCAGGGUUUGUGGAGAGGAAGGACUUCAGCAGUGUAUAAUGUUAUAGAGUCCACCCUCCUAUGCUGCCAUUUUCUUCAGGGGAACUGAUCUUUACAGCCUGGAGAUCAAUUGUAAUUCCAGGAGAUCGCCAGCCACUCCCUGGAGGCUGGCAACCAUAACCCUUUGGGAGAGCUUAGUGACUUGCUAUUAUAGUUCAGUACACUGGAAUGCCUUUUAGUUCAGCUAGACCCAUCAAUCCUCUGCUCUCCCUUCCCCUUGUUUAUCCUUCUUCCUCUGGCUGCAUGGCUGGACUGAUAAAUCAGCACCACAGGGAUUUCACUAGAGGGCUUUUUCUACAUUAAGGCAGCUUCAUUCAAAGUUCACAACACUAAACAAUGCACAGUAUUUAUAUAGUGUGUGUCAAGCAUUCAAUGGACUUCACAAACAUUAAUCUUUGUCUUCCCUAAAACAAGCUUGGAAGGUAGGUAGGUCUCUAUUAUUAUUUAUCUCUUUGUAUGUGGUGGAAAGGCUGAGUCUGAGAAACACCAGUGACCAAGUUAGUUAAUGAGGAGAUAGAUUUAAACCAGGAAUCUCUAGCGCAGCCACCAUACUAUACCAGCUCACUUUACACUAAGGCUGCAUUGCAUUCAGACAUCUCAGUAAACCAGGGCCAUUUUCACAUUGCUCACCAGCCACGGAACAUCACGCCAAGCUCCUGGAACGACACUGUCUUCCUGGUGCGAUUUCGCAUGAGAACUGCAGUUCUCACGCGAAAUUGUUCCAGGAAGACACUGUUGUUCCGGGAGCUUGGCAUGAUGUUCCGUGGCCGGUGAGCAGUGUGAAAACGGCCCAUCAUUUGAUGAAACUCCGGUUAUCCGUGACAGGCAAAUACAGAAAGUCCAAUAGGCUUAUCAGUAUCAAAUUGGGAUUUCAAACUAGGGUUUGUAGUUGCUUUGUUAACCACUCUUUGUCUUAACUGUGGAUUGAUGUGAUGUCCGAGUCUGCAAACUAUAGUUUCUUCAGAAGCGCUGUCUCUUGCCACUGCCUUACCAUAGAGACUGCAGCUUAGAGAGGAUGUCCUCCCACCUGGGAGACAGAGAAGAAGAAACAGACAACCAAAGUUUAUGCACAAACAGCCAUUUUGUUACAUACCUCUGAUAGACAAAACUAAAGUUUGUUACGCAAACCAGUUUGUCAUGAUGCAGCUGCUGUAGCAUUCCUUACACACAUGUAAAAAUGGAUUGUGCUCAGGGAAAUGAAGAAAGACAAUUAAAUCAAGCAAACAAUUGAAUAUAGUGUAGUAAUGAUACUACAGCAAACAAAAAAGAGUCAUUCUGGGCAGGUUCAAAGCCUCGUGUGAAUGUACUACUAAGGGAGUGGAAUCUUUAUGCAAGGUUGGCAGUAGAGAAAUAUGCUUGAGGGGAGAACAGGUUUAAAGCAAAUUCUGCUGGACACCCACAUAAAUCCAUCUGUAUUUAAUAAACGAUACUUGGUAUAUAG